CCGGAGACCCUCAGGGCUGCCUGGUUGCCGAGGCGACCGUUGGGCCGCGGCCGCGGCGGCUGCAGCGAUGGAGGUUCCUGGAGGCAGCUGAAACACCGCGUCCGAGCGACUGUCGAGACAAUGUCACACGAAGGCUCGAGGCAGGCGCGAGACCGUGGGGUGACCCGAUCCAAGGCUGAAAAAGCCCGGCCGCCCACCCAGCCGGUGCCGCAGGUGGACAUCGUGCCUGGGCGGCUCAAUGAGGCAGAAUGGAUUGCGUUUUUGUCCCUGGAGGAGGGCGAGGACGUAGUGGGUGACAUCUUGGCCGACCUUCUUGCUCGAGUCAUGGAGUGUGCCUUCAAAGUCUACCUGACUCAGCAGUGCGUCCCAUUCACCAUUAGCCAGGCCCGAGAGGCCAUGCUGCAGAUCACUGAGUGGCGCUUCCUGGCCCGGGAUGAGGGAGAAUCUGCAGUGGCCGAGGACCCCACGUGGGGCGAGGACCAGGAGCCCCUGGCAUGCACCACGGAUGCCUGGGCCCAGGGCUCCGUGCCUGUACUGCACACGCCGACACCCGGGGGUGCAGAGGAGCACUUCCAAGGCGAAGAACCUGGGAACCCGGACCAGUUCCUUUUAGGUUCACCGUGGUCGGACAGAGACUCCCAGGAGCCAACAGCAUCUCCAGAGCCUUCUGCUGAGCCAAGAGUCACCCCAAGACCCAUGCCCAACUUGGAGGUGUUUCAGGAAGUUGAGCCCGGGGAUAUCUUGGAAGAACCCGAUGGCCAGGAGCAAAGCCACAUCUUGGCCACGUCUUCAAAAGAGGCUUUAUGGCCUAGUCACAUCUUGCCUUCGAAGGAGUCCUUACUGACUUCCCUGGAAGUGGUGCGGGUCCCCAGCCCCCAGCCUUCCCUGGGUCUGCCCCAAGUUGUCAGUCUCCAGGCCUCUGAGGAGAAGGGACCAUCCCUCGGCUCCCACCUGUCCCUCGAGGAUCUUUACCUCUGCGUGCCUCAACCAGACGCGGCAGGAGACCGGCUGAACCUCGAGAGCAAAGGCAUGCCCGGCACCUCCUCGGACGGCUCUGUGCCCCUCCUCAGUGUGCCCACCCCAGAAGAGCCCUGCCGGUCGCCGCAGCCUGCGCAAAGCCGCAAGACGCCGGUGGUGCGCCUGGAUCCCGCUCGGCUGCCCCGCCACUGGGUGCGCCCAACGGCCGAGGUCCUGAACCCGGACUCCGAAGCGCGCCCUUUGGAAAUAUACCGCGGGCGCCCGCGGGGUGAAAAGAGCCAAGCUGGGGCCCGAACCUCAGCUAGCGGGCCCCAAGCCCUGGGUUCACGCGCCCCCUCUAAACCCCCCGUCUCUACCUCAAGGUUCCCUCUCCAGUGUUAUGCUCCAUUCAGUGCUUUGGGCCCCGAUCCCACUUUGAACUUGGCCCAAUCCUCACCAAGCUUCGGCUCAAAGAUGCCAUUCCUCAGCCCCGGGUUCCGGUUCCUCGCCAGAAACCCAAUCCCCCCCGAAGUCGCCCGCAGCCCCAGUCCCAAACUUUGGCCUCGGGCUAAGUGGCCGAGCGGCUGGGAGCGGGAGGCAGAGCAGCUGGGCGAGCUGUGGGCCGGUCGGACCCGCGUGCCUUCACUGGGCCAGGAACCUGCUGUUGAUGACGCCUCGGAGGACUCGGGAUGGCCCCUAGCGGCGCCCCAGGUCCUCGAGGCCACGUCCCAGGUUCUGUGGAAGCCCUUGGUUCUUUCAGACACCAUGAAGCUGACUCCUGGUGUGAGUAUGUGGAACCGGGGCACCCAGGAGCUGCUCAGCCCUGCUGCCACCCUGGAGGAGUGUGAGGGAGACACCUCCCAUGCGGCUGAGCAGCAACCCAUCCAGACAGGGGUGCCCAGGCCCCAGGUGAUUGUGACCCAGCUAAUAAAGAAGGAAACCCCCAAAGCCUGGCUGCUCCCAGACAAGCCUGUGCCCCACUCUGGGUCCUGAGCCUCCACACUGGGAAUUGAGCCUUGCCCAAAAUAAACAUGCGUUGCGGCAGGAA